GCUUUUUUCAAAACGACUACUUUUCCUGACUUGUUUUCGCACCAUAAUGCCACCUGAUAGAAUUAACCGUCAAAAUAUCAGUGGAAACAAAUCUACUUGGCAUUUUAUCAUAUUGGCCAAAGCAAACUUCAGCAUAUUAGAUGUCAUUUAUCCACUUUCUAAUUUUUCAGACAACUGUUUUACUAUGAAAUGUCUACACGGUACUUUUAUGAGUAGUUGUAUGUCAAAGUUCCCACAAGUUUUUAUAGAUACCAGGGUUAUCACAGUUUUUACUGCUUAAAAUACUUCCUUUUGUUUUUAACAAUGCUAUAGCCAUCCGAAUUAGUUCAUGGUAAAUUAGUUGAUAUAGAAAAGCCUCGAUAUGAUCAGUCCACAUAUAUUGGCAGAGCCAAACACUUUUUUAUUACAACUAAUCCUUUGAACGCAUUCAAAACAUCUGCUGAAUUAGAAGAAGCAAGGACCAUCGUUCAUAAUUAUAGGAUAGGGAUUAUUCAACCUGGUUUAACUGUAGAAAAGCUUUGGCAAGCAAAAAAUGUGUACGACUCAGCGUUCCAUCCAGAUACAGGCGAAAAAAUGAUACUUAUUGGACGCAUGUCAUUUCAGGUUCCUGGAAAUAUGUUUAUAACGGGUUGUUUGCUACAGUUUUACAAGUCUACACCGGCUGUUAUAUUUUGGCAAUGGUUUAACCAAACAUUCAAUGCCGUUGUAAAUUAUACUAAUCGGAGUGGUGACGCACCUAUUUCAUUAACGCGUCUUGGUAUAUCAUAUGUUUUGGCUACUGGUGGAGCAUUAGGCACUGCAUUAACUAUCAAUAAACAAAUUCAAAAAUUCCCUCCUAUAAUUGGUCGAUUCGUACCAUUUAUUGCAGUCUCUGCAGCUAAUUGUAUUAAUAUUCCAUGUAUGAGAAGUGCAGAACUAACUGAAGGUACACCUAUAUUAGAUGAAAAUGGUGAAAAAUUGGGUAAAUCAACUGUUGUAGGACGUAGAGCUGUUAGUCAAGUGGUUUUAUCACGAAUAUUAAUGGCUUCCCCUGGAAUGACAAUUUUGCCUUUUGUGAUGCAAUCAUUGGAAAAAAGAAAAUUGCUUAUUCGUUAUCCUUGGUUGGGAGCUCCAAUACAAAUUGGCUUAGUCGGUUUAAUGUUAUCACUUGUAACACCUUUAUGCUGUGCUGUAUUCCCACAAAUCAGUUCAAUUCCAUUUCAUAAACUGGAACCUGAUGUUCAAGCACAUAUUAAACAAAUUCGAUCUGAUCGAUUACCUUCAGUUGUUUAUUAUAAUAAAGGUUUAUAAUUCACUUAAAUAAACAAACAAAAAUAUACAUAAAUGUUCGAAUGAAAUUCUAUAUCUGUAAGAUGAAAAUAAAUUUUAUAGGAAUGUAUUCAUUGAUUAAAUUGCAUUUUAGUUACCAUUCUAAAAUAUUUUUCUCGUUAAAUUAUUUGUUAGACUUGAAAUAAUGUAUUUAAAUACAAUGUAUUCAAUAUACUUUUCAGUGUAGAA